AUGUUUGUGUCUUCAGCCUCUCUAUGUUUGUGUUUCUGUGGAGUAGCUUUGCUGCUCACCAGUGCCUACGGGCUUUCUGGAGAAGGUGACAUACUUUUGCAAAUAAAAGAGUCGCUACAUGGUGGUGAAACUAGAGAUUUUCUGCCAGACUGGUCCAACGCUUCUGCUUCAUCUGAUUUCUGUAAGUGGCAAGGCGUCAAGUGCAGAUCAACAUCAACAUCACGUAACGUCAUUUCACUCGCUCUUCCCAGCCGAAACCUAUCCGGUCAUCUUUCUUCAAUGAUUGGGAAGCUAAGCCGAUUGGAGGAGCUCGACCUUUCUAGUAGCGGAUUAUAUGGACAUAUUCCUCCCGAAUUGGGUAAUUGCACCCGCCUUCAGCACCUCAAUCUCUACAAUAACUUUUUCAGUGGUGUCAUCCCAUCAACAUUGGUCAACUGCAGCUUGCUUACUUUUCUUGACCUUAGUUCAAAUAAUAUAUCUGGUUUCAUUCUUCCAGAGCUGGGGGAGUUGUCAAAUCUGUCCGAGCUUCAUUUAUAUGGUAACAAUCUCUCUGGACCAGUGCCUGCCUGUCUUGGUAAGCUUGCAAAUCUUCAAGAAUUAAGGGUAGGGUAUAGUAACCGCUUUACGAGCUCCUUACCGCCUGAAAUCGGUAACUGCUCAAAGCUCACGUUUAUCAGCUUUGCCUCCUCCGAUCUGAAAGGUACAAUCCCAUGGGAAAUCGGCAAAUUGCAAAAGCUGGAAGAGCUAUAUCUUUUUGAUAAUCAAUUGAAUGGCUUUAUCCCUUCAAGCAUUGGGAAUUGCAGGGCGCUGGAAAAGUUUGCUGUUUACGAAAACAAUAUACAAGGAUCCAUUCCAAGAGAGUUCGGCCGUCUCCGGCGCCUCCAAUUUUUGUGGGUGUACACGAAUCUUCUUUCAGGGGAUCUUCCCGCUGAAUUGGGCAACAUGUCAAUGCUGCAAGAGAUGGACAUGAGUUUCAACAAUCUCGUUGGAAGUCUACCGGAGGAAAUUGGUAAGUUGAAAAGUUUGAAUUAUGUAGAUCUUUCCAACAAUAAUCUUUCUGGGAGGAUUCCUGCAUCCUUCGGGAAACUUUCAAGCUUAGAAACAUUAAAUUUGCAAGGAAACCGAUUCAACGGCACCUUGCCGGAAGAAAUUGGUUUUCUUCCAAAUUUGACAGUACUGUCCAUUAGUAGGAACAGAUUGGAAGGUCAGUUGCCUACAUCCCUCGGAAAUUUCAGUAACCUGAGCUUCCUAGAUGCCUAUUCCAAUCGACUAAGCGGGGAAUAUCCUCCUGGAAUAUGUAGGGCUAAGCAACUAAGAAUUCUCAUUCUUUUCGACAAUCUUUUAGUAGGAAAUAUCUCCUCGCUUUUGAAGGAUUGCGUUUCAUUGAAAAGAGUUCGGCUUCAAAAUAACUACUUUACAGGCCAUAUACCUUCAGAUAUCUCAAAAUUGUCUGGUCUGGCUUACCUGGAGCUGUCCUUCAACAGACUUCAUGGAGGAAUACCUGCCGAGGUAGGCCAACUCAAGAACCUCACUAAUCUCAUUCUUUGCGGCAAUUACUUAACUGGACCUAUUCCUCCUCAAAUUGGAGAUCUUACAAUCCUGGGCAGGCUCAAUUUGAGCAACAACAAACUCAGUGGAAAUAUUCCUUUGCAAGUCGGAAAUCUCAAGAGUUUAGAAUAUCUAGAUCUCAGUCGGAAUUCACUUGAAGGUGUUAUUCCUCAAUUUUUCGGCAACAAUUUUUCCGACCUGCUAAUCUUAAAGCUAAGCUCCAACAAUUUGAGUGGAAGUAUUCCUGCAUCUCUGGGAGGUUGCUCGAGUUUGAUAGAGUUAGACCUGUCUCGCAAUCGACUUGAAAAAUCGAUUCCGAGGGAAAUAGGAAAUCUGGUGCAUCUGUCAACUGGCUUGGAUCUCAGUUGGAACAGGCUAUCUGGUUCUCUUCCACCAGAAAUUGGAAAUCUGCUACUUCUUGAAUCAUUAGACGUCUCCUACAAUCAACUAUCUGGCCAGAUUCCACCUUCUUUGUCAGGGUUAGGAAUUCUUUCCAAAUUCAAUUUUUCAUUCAAUCAAUUCAACGGCCGAAUUCCCCCUCUGAAAGCUCUCUCCAAGAGCACCGCAAGCGCCUUUGAUGGCAACGAAGCUCUGUGCGGCCCACCCACUUCCAAUUCCUGCUUGGAAAGCAGUAAUAAUAAUACUAGCAAUAACAAAAGUUUAGGGAGAGGGAGCCUGGUAGGAAUUGUUAUUGCUGGAUUGGCUGUUGUUACGCUUGUAAUAAUAGGCGUUGUAUGUUACCGGAGCAAGGUAACUGCACAAGGUGAAGAAUUGAACGAAGAGGAGGACACCCUUAAUGGAUCAUUCAGAAAAGUGGAGGUCGAUGUUGCCGGAGGUUAUAAACACAGGAUUACAUAUCAAGAAAUUUUGAACGCCACGGAGGAAUUCAGUGAUAAUUAUCUAAUCGGCUCUGGUAGCUUUGGCAGAGUGUACAAGGUUCUUCUGAGCGAAGCUGAGAAAAGUCUGGCAAUUGCUGCAAAGGUCUUGAGAUUGCAGGAGGAAGGGAAGAGUAAUUUGAUGCGCGAGAUUGAAGCUCUCAAGUUUGUCCGCCACAGAAACAUUGUACGUUUUUUUGGGUUUGUUAAUGGGGGCAAUAUCAACAUGGACAUUCUGCUCUUCCAAUACAUGGCAAAGGGUUCUUUGGUGGAAGCACUAAGAUCACAAAAGCUGGAGUGGAAAAUUCGAUUGAAUAUAGGUUUGGGAGUAGCGCAGGCUCUGAAAUAUUUGCACCAUGACUGCACACCUCCAAUUGUACACCGUGACCUCAAGUCGGCCAACAUUUUGCUGGACGAUGAGUACGUUGCACAUGUGGCUGACUUCGGUCUUGCAAAAUUGGUCUAUUCAGAAGGCCAAAGCAGUAGCUCCUCCGUUUAUGCUGGCAGUCCUGGCUAUAUGGCUCCAGAAUGUGGUUAUGGAGUUAGGUCUUCCCCGAAACAAGACGUGUUCAGCUUUGGAGUUGUGUUGCUGGAGCUUGUUACUGGCAAAGCAGCCAUCGUGGAUGAGGAAGGAGGAGGAGGAGAAAGCAGAAGUUUGGCUGAAUGGGCUACUAUCAUGAAAAAGAAAGAUGGCCACGUUGUCAUAAAUGCGGAGCUGUUGAAUGAUUAUGAAAAAUGGGGAAAUGAAAUUGAGAAAGUGAUAGAGAUUGCCCUCCUCUGCACUCAACAGUCGCCAAGAGAGAGGCCAUCCAUGCAAAAAGUAGUGGACUUGCUUUCUCCACCAUCUCCAGUCGUACUUCAAUAUUUAAGUAUGUAA